AUGCGAAUACAAAAUGCUAUAUCUUCAGGUGAAGAACUGUUUGGCCAGGUUAUAUUCCACCACUCCAUGCACGAUCAUGCUCGACAUAGGUAUAUAAUUCUGCAUUUUUGUUCAUAACUUUCAAAAUACGAGGCCACUUUGUCAAUGAAACUCAAAAAUAAAAGAGGAGAAGAAUUUUGGUCGAGAAACAUGCUUGUAGAAGGAACUGACUUCGUAUCUGCUGAUUUGUUCUAUGGUAUGGUAAUGAAAUUCGCCUGCAUGCUGUCUCCCAGAGGAAUGGGGCAACCCAAGUCAGGAUUUAAGACAAGAGCUGGGUCAAGAUGAGUAGGAGAGGAGAUGAAGCAGAUCCAGGGCUCAUUUAGAUCAUGUGGUUAUUGAUGAGUGUAUUAGAUGUCUCUAGAAAACGGCUUUUGAUAUAGACGGUUUGGGAAUGUGGUCAGAUGUGGGUUUCAUGGAGGGCCAGGACGUAGACGUAGAUGCUGCCAGACGCCUGGAAUUUAUGUAUGUACGUUUGCAAUCGGGCAAGAAUAAUGCUUCUUAAUUUUUAAAAAUUUGGGUGAAAACAUUUUUCUCAAAAAUAAUGGGGGACUAGUAGUCCCAAAUCAAUAAAAAAAACCUAUCUUUUAUGUGCUAGAAAGCUUAUUGUUUUGAACUGUCGAAUGCUGGAAAUUAGCAUGUCGAAGAUUUCGACAUUUGAAAAAGAAACUGAUGGGCCUGAAUGAUGUGGAUUUAUUGGCAAUGAAUGCGGUGACUCUUUUGACAUGGAAUUGAUAUUGUGAUCGGCUAUGUUUUUGAUUGGGCUAUUUUCUGAUUUUAUCAAGGUGGAUGAUGAACCCUUGCAUACUGAACGUGGCGCAGGCAGCUAACACAACAAAAGCUUAUCCACAUUUUUUUUUCUUUCACUACUAAAUUUUACUUUUAAAAUAUUGAAGAUUUGAAAUUACCAAAAAUCUUACUGGCAACUGAAUAAUGGGGCAUGGGUCGAUGAUGAUGGUGAUGUUGAACAAGUUAGUGUGGAGUUACUUGACUAAAUGAUGAUGAUGCCAGUAUUUAUUGCGGCGUCUAUAAAACAGAGAAGUAGCUAGUUUUUGCGUGUCGAUCUUGUGCAUUUUAAUUAGCACCCGUCUUUUUGCAUGGUUCUCUUGUGAUCACAAAAAAUACUUAUGCAUGUCAUUAAGUCAUAGUUCCUCGUAAUUAUCUGAGAUCAUUUGUAUAUGUAUGUGAUAUCUUAUGCUCUUUAACAACGCCAUGAUGAUUACAUAACCUCAUGCUUGGAGCAUAAUACUCAUUUAAAAAUUUUCCUUUUUCUUCUGACCUGCAGCGUGUAAAUCAAUGUUUACGAGAUGCCUGCUCUGCUUCUAAAAAAAAAAACUGUAAAGUGUUCUUGGAUUGUGGACGUGGGCCAAAAUAUAAUAAUUUUACUGAUAAUCCUGACUGGGAAAUCUGGAAAAAAGAUGGCGAUGCUUCAUCAUGUUUGUCUAACAAUGGCACUUUCAGUUAUGGCAUUUAUGAGCAUGCUGCUUUCAUCGCAAAACGAGAUAGUAUCGUUGUCCGAUACAUCUAUUCAUUAUUUUGGGGAUUCCAGGUACUCUUUUACCCUUUCAUUUGCCAUAGUGUAUGAUUUAUUUUAUCUUGCACUCUCUGAGUUAUUAUCCAUAGAAUGUUUAAGAAGGAUAUCCCAUGAAAUAUCGGGUAGAAUGGAAAUUUGCCAUUCUAGCUAUUUGUUUCCUUGUAAUUUUUUUUCCUCAUUUAUUUAUUUAUUUAUUUGGGUAUAAAUGUAUCCCACACUUAAGAUCCAAAUAUAUUUUUAUGUUAUUGCUUUCUUUUUAUACAGAUUCGCUUUCCUUAGUUUGUUUAUUGUUAAGGCUAUGUAAAGGGGCUCUGAAAUCCCCCAGGGGCCGAGCAUUACAAUUUAUUCAUGUUCUUCUGUUCUCUUCUCCUCCUCUCUCGUCUCAUAUUGUCAGUGAAUAUAUAAGACGAUGACGAGGAUAGUGAAGAGUGAUAUUCUAACCUCAGAAUAGAAGUUGAAAUUGUGCCAGAAGAUACUAAAGUGUCGCAAUAGAAGUUGACGUACCAUUGUGGUGAUUUUGGAAGGAGCACCUUUUUACUCUAAUCCUGUCUCUGUAACAUAUACCAGCUAGAGUGUUUGGACUUGCGUCUUUCUAUUGCUGGUUCAUGUGGUCAAUGUGAUUCUUAUAAUGUGGUCAUUGGCGUGUACGUUGAUGGAUGUUGAAAAGAAUUCAGUCAAUGCCGUGUAAACAUGGGAGUCAAUCCCCAACUCUCUCUAGCUUUGUCCUGUUCAUUAAUUCGGGAGCACUCUCUCUCGUCAAACAAUGUGAGCAUCAAAGGUGGAGUGCAAGUUUUGAAGGCCAUAGUUGACAGAGCGAUCAAAUAAAUCGUUUUUAUAGGCUGCCAUCCGUUCAAUGUUUUGCUCCCAUCAUCUGUCAGAGGUACCGUUGACUGAGUUAGUUGGGUGCGAGACUGAUGUGAUGGGGCAUUCGUCUGUUUUGCUCUGCUUUGAGAAUUUUGGGACUAGAUUUCUAGUCCUGGCUUGAGUUUCAGAGCCUAGCGCAGACACCAAUUCUUUAUUAUGAGGCAUCACUUGUUGAUCGGUGGAGGAAAACUUGUAUUUUUCGAGUGGUAUCAUUCAUUUGAUAUGACAUGGCAUAUCCAAUUGGUGUUUGUCCUCUUAGGUGGUCUGAAUAAAUUUUAAUAUAGUUUGACUGCUUUUAAUCUAACUUGAUUGGCAUACUGGAACCCUUACUUGAUUCACAUCAGGUAGUUAUCUUCUAAACUACUAAGCUAAAGAAUAUAGCAUUUAAAUUUAAAACUGACUUAAGAGGAUUUCGUAAAUGAGCAUGUGAACUUGUAGAACUUUUUGAUGUCUUUCUUUUAAUUAGGAUUAAAUAUUGAUGAGUUCUACUAUUAAAAUAAAUACAUACAAAUAUCAAAUUACAUUAGGAAUCAGGUCAAAUUACAUUAGGAAUGGUUCACUGGACCAUUAUCUGAAAGUCUUUUUUUUUUGUAUGUCUUCUUUUUUGCAAGAGUUUCCAUAUAAGUACAUUUUUUAGUUCUAGAUGUUAGUCUUAACAAGGUUUAGGCCUGCUUAUCUUAAUCUUGACCCUCGAUUUUUUUCUUCAUCACUUUUUAGUAUCUCAUGAAAUCACUCGCUCACAUUAGAUUUUGAUGCUUUACUGCAGCAAAUCAGUACCCUCGCUGGAAACCAAGUUCCUAGUGAUUUUGUGGGGGAAGUACUGUUUACAAUGGGAAUCAUCGGGCUUGGAUUGUUACUUUUUGCCCUACUCAUCGGAAAUAUGCAAAAUUUCCUCCAAUCACUUGGAAAGAGGUGAAAAAAUUAUCUGUUUUGGUCUUCUAUCCUACAACUUCUCUGUGAACAAAUUUUGCUAUGUUUGAAGUGUUUUCCAUCAAUGUUGAAUAUGAAGUCAAUAUUGACAAUAAGUUACUGUUUCGUUCAAAUAUCUGAUUUCUUCUAAUCAGACGGUCAAUUAUUAUGUUUUUAAUGCGAUGAGUCCUUUAUUUUUUCAAUGAUUUGGAAUAAUUUUUUUCUUUUUUAUUAAAAAAAUAGCAUUCUACGAACCAUCCAAGUGCAAUGGUCGUUGUCUAUGUUUUGUUGCCAGAAAAUGCUAUGAUUCUUGAUUCUACCUAUGAUUCGGAAGUUGUUACUCUUUCCAGUGCCCAGAAUUAUUUGGCUAAUGUCUGGUGAAGCAAUUAUCCUAAAAUUAACCUAGGAAGGUGCCUCCCACGAGAGAACCCCCACUGAUGAACCUGAUAGGCCACUAGAUGUUCUGAAUGGGGCUACCAAUGCGGCCCUGCAAAGAGACACUCACUGGUAACCUCCCAAGACCGUUUGCAGUCUCUGUAGGGUAGGUGUCAGGUCACCAUGGUGGUCACCAUGGUGGCUCCCAAAGAACUUAAAGCAUCCACCCGCUGUCAGGUCGCUAUUGGCCUGUAAGGGUAGGUGUGAGGUGGCCAGCAGAAGGGUAUCCUCCUCCAUAAGGAGAGAUAAAGACCAAAAAUCCCAAGAUCCCUAUGAAUAGAGAGGGACUUUUAUUCACGACAGGAAAGAAAAUAUAGAGAAUUACAUGGGGAUUUAUGGAAUGCAUGAGAGCAUAAGUCUUUAUAGACGUCCAUGUAGGUAAAUAAAGACCACAUCCAGAAAUGUAAAACUAGGUUGCCGGCCUUUGCUAGUUAUUUUUUCCUGACACAUGGAUAGUAUCGUUUAGGCUUGGAAGCAUGUUGAUGUAAUAAGUCUAGUUGUGACUAUGUUCAUCCCUUUAUAUGUGCAUUAUUUUCCCAGAAUCACGAAUGAACAUCCUGGUAGAAUUUAGAUUCCAGAAUUCUCUAGUUCCCUGAGAUUUGAGUGACUAAAAAGCCCAGGUCUGGCUCAUGAAAUAAGUACCUAGAUGAAAAUGAAUUGAGACAGGUAUACUGUGGUCACUUUCUGGAGUAGGUUUUUUUCUUGAGUCGUACUAUGAACAAUUAAUUAUUUGCAUUUGAUUAUAGAGAUACUACUUUGAGCAUAAUUUUUCGUCAGGUGACAAUUGUAUCUGACUGGCGACGUAAUUAUCUUAUUAUAGGAGACUAGAGAUGCAACUAAGAAGGCGUGAUGUUGAGCAAUGGAUGUCCCAUCGUCGGUUGCCUGGAGACUUGAGGAGGUACACCACAACAAGCUCUAUUGUUUUAAACUUCAUAUGUUCACCCAUGAUUCUCUAUUUUAUGGCACGUGAAAAUAGUGAGAUCUUAGUUUGAAUGUUGAUUCUAUGCCUGAAUCGCUUUAGCAUUUGCAAAUGAUAAGUUACAGGACCCACUCUGUUUCAUUGAACAGCCAUGGAAUAGGAGGCUGUGGCUAUGAAGUGUGAAGGCUGUCUGGCUGUAGAUACAGCAAGAGGAAGAGGAGGAAGGAAAGAAAAUAAUAAAGAAACUAUGAAGAAUGGUUGCUGGAGCAGGGGCAAUUAACUCUCCCGAAAACCAAAAUUCUUGUUUCCCUAUCUUCAACACUAUGGUUUUUGAUAGAAUUCACUUCCUCUUAAAAAUCGAUUUGGCUGAAAUUUAAAAAUGAAUGAUGAAAAAUGAGAUUCUAUUAAGGAAAAAGUGACAUUCAGAGCAUUCUGAAAACCUCUCAGUUUACAGUUUCCAUCAUUUGACAUGAAAAAGGAGAAAUCAGUGGAAAGAAAGCAACUUUGUUUUUUUCUUUACUGUUUCCUAUAUCUGCUCUGUAAGAACCAAUUGCAUAUCUUUUAUGAUAGUGAAGUGAACUUUUUAAAGCACAAAAAAUAGUUAGACUUGAGCUACCCUUUGGGUUUUCUCUUUUCUUUGUGGUCUGCAUUGUCUGUUGUUCCUUUUAUUUGACUGUUUAUAUAAUAGUGACACGCCGCCCUAAAAAAUAUAGAUGAAUUUUCUCUUUAUUUAGAUAUCAGUCAUGCAAGGAAUUCAUGCAUCCUUCUUUUGUUUUUUUUAACCCGUUCUCCUUUGACUGCAUGAUAAUAUAGUAAAGUAAAGCAAUCUGAGAGAUUUUGUUGGGCUUCCACUCGUGGUGUAAAUGAAGAGGAGCUCCUGAAGAGUUUGCCAGAGAAUCUGCAGUGUGAUAUCAGACGCCAUCUUUUUGGAUUUCUAGAGAAAGUAAGCUCCAAUGAGAUGAUUUAUUUAGUUUACUAGCAUUUGGAUACCUCCUUGUGAAUUCCCUUUCCGAAAAAGUGGUCGGGUUUGUGAGAUUGAGCGGUAUCAUCGGCUUCUCCACCCAAUUGGAAACAUGAAGAGUCGUGAACCAAAACCAGAAUACACUCAGCAGGCUCAAAAUGUGUAUCUAUGCUCCAUGUUAUAAAAAACACCAGUUACAUAAUGCUCCCUAUAAACUCUUGUUUUUUGAUUUUCUAUUUUUUUUUUUGUAGAGGAGCUAAUUUCACUUGGCUUGCAGGUUUCGAUAUUUAGCGUAAUGGAUGAACCCAUCCUAGAUGCUUUUCGUGGGAUAUUGAGACAAGAGUUAUACAUGGCUGAAAGCUAUGCUCAAAACAAAGGUGGGCCAAUCGAGAAGAUGGUGUUCAUAGUGCGAGGACAAAUGGAGAGUAUUGGGUCCGAUGGAAAUGCCCACCAUCUGUCUGAGGGUGAUGUCUGUGGUGAAGAACUCCUCGCUUGGCAUCUUGAAAACUCCUCUUUAAACGGUGGGUUUUCUAAUCUGGACUCCGCUCAUCGCAUCCAUGGAGCUUGUAAUUGGUUUCUAUCUUCAGGCUCUUCUCCCUGAUGUAAUCAAAAUUACAUUAAAAGUCUGUUUUCCUUGAAUGUUACUAAUCUCUUCACACAAUUGCUUCUUUACAAUGUUUUAAAAAUUGGUGUCCCAAUCUUGGUUUUCUUCAUCACAUUCUUGGACGAUAUGAUAUACUGAUGCCCAUGUGAAAUUACAGUGGUGACUGCCUCUCUAUUUCCAUAGUCUUCCCCCUGCUGUAAUAAUUUCUUUUUUAAAAGUGAUUUUUUCUAUAAUUCGAUUAAUUUCAUCGAAUGAUUGCUUCUUGUUUUUUUUUGCCCAGAGAGGGAGAAAAUCCAAGGCCCAAAGCUGAGACUAUUCUCCAACAGGGACGUCAGGUGCAUCACCAAUGUUGAAGCCUUCAUAUUUCAAUCCUCCGAUCUGGUUGAUGUCACCAUAAACUUUGAAAGGUUCUUGCGGAACCCACGUGUUCAAGCAGCCAUCAGGUGAUUCAAAUCCUAUCUCUUCCCCUUCAUAUAUGAACUCUCCAUACAAAAUCAUAUUCUUGUUUAGUCGCAUUGCAAGACUAAGUCUGCAACAUUGAAUGGCCGGGUGGAUGAUACCUGUCAGACCCUAUGACUACGUGAGUUUGCACAUUGUCAGACUAUGCUUCUUCAUUGAUCCCACCGUUUAAUUUUUUUUCCUAGACUAGAAUAAAUGGGUUAUCUGUAGGGUCCUCUUCCCAUUAGUUUUCCAUUUUGGGUCAUAGAUGACUGCAAUCCCUUGACCACCAACACCUGGGCAUCCAACUACUUGCCAAGCUCAACUUGUGGAAAUAAAGGGUCCGCGACUAUGUGAAUUUUCUUAUAUACCUCAUAUUUAUUUAUCAUUAUAUAUAUCUAGGCUAGGUGGGCCAAAGAUGGAGUGCUCCAAAGACAUCGUUAUUCUUCAACACCAACUUAUCUGGGAAGCUAACUCAUGGUCUUAGGGACCUCCCUCUCUCUCUCUCCUUUCCCCCCUCCCCACCCUCUCCAUCUCUAUCUCCAUCUCCAUUUUGUACCUCUAGGUGGUUUAUUGAUUGAAGGCCCCAAGAUGGUGAUCAUGAACAGAAAAGUUGCGGUUUCCCAACCUCUUGUUGUAGAAGAAGAAGACCAAGGGGCACAUAAUUACACAAUGAUACCCCAUAUGAAGGGCAAUUGAUGAUAUUUCCUUUCGAAUUGUGUAAUGCUGUCCUGAUCAUGUGUAUCAUCAUCAUUUAAAUAUGUUUUGAAUUUUUAUUCCACCAUCAUUUACUAAUGCUAGUCUCACAUUUGCUUGCUAAAUUGCACCAUCAUCUUGUUAUACUGGUCUUGCAUUUGACUUACUAUAUUCCACCAUUGGCACCAUCAAUCAGGUAUGAUUCAACAUAUUGGAGGAUCAAAGCAGCAAAACAUAUCCAGGUGAUUUGGAGGUACCAGAGGUGGCGGCGCAUGCGCAAACUCAGGGCCCUCAACCAAGGUUGGCAUCCUCAUGGACGCCAACUUCCUCCUCGAUACUGA